CUCUGAUUACAUGCAGGCUGUGCCAGGGUAUAAAUACUCUGCCAUUUUGCCCUCAACACAUCAGUCCACAUCUCUGAGCAGAUACCUCCUAUCAACACACUCACCAAGAUUUCACAACAGUCCCUUUGCAUCUUCCCUCAUUAUAACCCCUGCCUACUUGGUGGAAUAUUUACUCCGCAAGAAAAGUCUUUUGAUUAAACACCAGCAAAAAGCUGUGAUAGUAGAUACAUACAAAAGGAAUACUGAUUAUUAGCGUAUUUGAACUUCAAACAUGCUCAUUCAAAUCUCAACUGUGAACCUCUUGAGCUUCAUCUUCACUAUAAGUCUUGCUAUGGCAUCGGAACAACCUCACAAUAUUGCUCAGUUUGGCGAUAGUUCGAAAACUCUAGAGAACAAUGCAAACAACAGCCGCAAGCUUUCAGCAGCUAUAGCAGACCGAGAUGAAGCUGCCAGACAAGCAGAGGAAAGGAGACGUCGCUAUGGUGCAACUCAUGCAGACACCCACCGGGCCAAUCAGGUUUAUUCAUAUUACGAUUUGGAAGCUCAGAGAGCUGGUGCAGGGCGAAAUCCUCCGGCUCCCAAAUAAAAAGAAAUAUUCCAAUUGAAGGCAACUUGCAGAUUGUGUAGAUAGUUCGAACUGCGACCGGCUGAAGAAAUGUUUCUCACAGAAUCUCCUCUUUGUCAUCUCUCUGUUCCAUCAAUUUUCACUCUUGAUCAAUAUGCAAACUUUCUCCUUUGGUCCUGCAGAUUGGCCCUCAACAGUUAGUUGUAGAUAGAAGUCCCUCUCUUUCUCCUCAGAAAUUCUAGCAUCAGUUUUUUCCAGUG